AUGAAGUUGGACUCGAGACAGCUGCGUUACCUCACGGCCGAGGACUGGCGAGUCCUGACGGCGGUCGAGAUGGGCAGCAAGAACCACGAACUCGUCCCCACCGUCCUCAUCGCCCAAAUCGCCGGUCUCAGAGGAGGCAGCGGCGUCCACAAGAGCAUUGCAACUCUCGCCAAGUCCGGUCUCGUCGCAAAAAUCAAGAAUGCAAAGUACGACGGCUACCGCCUGACCUACGGCGGUCUCGACUACCUCUCUCUCAACACCCUGCGCAAACAAGACACCGUCUUCAGUCUCGGAAACCAGAUCGGUGUCGGCAAGGAAUCAGACAUCUACGUCGUCGCAGACCCCACCGGCAAACAGCUCGUCCUCAAGCUUCACAGACUCGGCCGCAUCUCCUUCCGUACCGUAAAGGCCAACCGCGAUUACCUGCGCAACCGCACCACUGGAUCAUGGAUGUACCUGAGUCGCUUAGCAGCCAUGAAGGAGUACGCGUUCAUGCAAGUCCUCAAGCGCGAAGGCUUUCCCGUCCCCGAACCCAUUGCGCAGACCAGACACACUCUCGUCAUGGAACUUAUCGACUCUUUCCCCCUCCGCUCCAUCGACAACGUCUCCAACCCCCUCAAACUCUACGGCGAACUCAUGGACUUGAUCGUACGCCUCGCCAAGGUCGGCCUGAUCCACGGUGACUUCAACGAGUUCAAUUUGCUCAUCAAAGAGGACCCCGUCACCAAAAAGUCCACACCCAUCCUCAUCGAUUUCCCUCAAAUGCUUUCCACAACCCACGAGAACGCAAAAUGGUACUUUGACCGCGACGUCAACUGUAUCAAGCGUUUCUUCUCCCGCCAAUUCAAAUUCACGUCAGACGAGCCCGGUCCGUUCUUCGAAGACGCCAUCAAGGACACCGACAAGAACAAGCGCUUGGAUAUCGAGGUAGAGGCUACUGGUUUCAGCAGAAAGAUGGCAAAGGAUUUGGACAGAUUCGUCGAGGCUGUCGGUUUCCAGAACGAAGCCGACGAGGAUACCGCAGAAGUUCAAGAUGACCCAGACAGUCAUGAGGUCGACCAAGACUACUCAGAAGACGAGGAAGAGGAUGACGACGAGGAAGAAGAGGAGACAAAUUCACAAACCGCCCACGAAGACCAGACCGAAGAAGAGCUCGCCGAACAAACUCACGCAGAUUCUCUUGAGAAUCCUCAAGUCAACAACCCGAAACUGGCAGAAGAGCUCGGCAGCCUAGGAAUACAAGACCCUGCACCUGCUCUCACAGCCGAGAAUCUCGCGAAACAUCUGGAGCCUCUGAACCUGCAAGAUCAACAAGAGGAGUACAAUGCCACAGUAGAGCAGCAGAAGAAAAAGAAGAAGGCUGCAGGCUGGUCCAUCUAA